AUGAGCUUUACAUAUGCUGUGAUCCUCGACGUCCCAGCAAGGACCAGCUCGACUGGCCGAGGUCUGAAUGUGCCAGCCGUUCGCCCGUCAAAAUCUAUUGAAGCGUCGUGGCUACUAGUCUUUCUGGCGCAAAAGGGUAGACCUGAUCAGCACAUGGGCUGGAGACCAGAUAAGGCAUGCAGAAACAAGGAUGGCUUGCCACCUUCACAAUGCACAGGCUGCAGGCGCGUCAAUGCAAAUGAGUGUGCUAGGGAAGAGAGGCCAACAAAGGAUCUGAGGGGAAAGGGGAGAUUGUUUGCCAGGCCACCCUCUAGUGAUUUGGAGUACACCGGCUCAAGAGCUAAACUGGGCCUUGCACGAAAGAACCUUGUCCAUGACCCAUACAUCGGGCGGGGGACAGCUAGCCCAGGGGAAGAUGGGGAACCGAAGGCCAACUCCACGCACCCAAUGACUACUUGCCACAGCUGGGCUCGAGGAUCCCGAUCCAAUAGGCAAGUGAUAGAGGAUGUGUCCGACAGUGCGACGGAUCGGCCGCCGCCAUUGCAGAUGAAUGGCUGGUGA